GUCUAAAAUAUCAGUACACAAUUCACAAAUCAAGAAAAGUUCAUACAUUUUUUUUUGUUAUCAAGACUCAAGAGAUUUAAAACCCUAAAAUCCAAAUCUUGGAAUUUUUUUUGAUGGCAUUCUCUGCUAGAACACCCUUUAUCUCUUCUUCUUACACUUCACCAUCUUUGGCUAUUUCUUGCAAAAUCUGUAGAAGACCAUCAUUUCUAUCUCUAAGAAAGCAACCCAUUUUGGUUAAAGCUUCUUCUACAACUUCUCUUGAUUACUCUGCUACUGUAUCAGCUGAUAAAACAGUCAUCCCAUUAAAGUCAAAUAACUGGGAAUGGAAACUUAAGGAAAACUCCAUUAAUAUCUAUUACGAAGAAUGUGCAAAGGAGACCUCUGAUCCACCGAAAAAUAUCCUUUUGGUACCAACUAUUUCUGAUGUUAGCACUGUUGAAGAAUGGAGAUCGGUGGCCAAAGACAUUGUUCAACGAGAUGGUAAACUAAAUUGGCGAGCUACAAUUGUUGAUUGGCCAGGUUUGGGUUAUUCUGAUAGGCCAAAAAUGGAUUACAAUGCUGAUCUUAUGGAGAAAUUUCUAGUUGAUUUUAUAAAUGCACCGGACGGCCCAUUGCAGCACAAAGAAAAUGAUUUGGUGGUCUUUGGAGGAGGUCAUGCUGCAACAUUAAUAGUUCGUGCUGCAAAAAAGGGUUUGGUGAAGCCAACAGCUAUUGCUGCUGUUGCUCCAACCUGGGCUGGUCCUCUUCCUAUUGUAUUUGGUCGAGAUUCCAGCAUGGAAACAAGGUAUGGAUUACUCAGGGGCACUCUACAGGCCCCUGCUGUCGGUUGGAUGAUGUAUAACAUGCUCGUCAGCAACGAGAAGGCAAUUCAAUCCCAAUACAAAUCUCAUGUCUAUCAAAAUCCCGAGAAUGUGACUCCAGACAUUAUACAAAGUAGAUACGCUCUAACAAAGCGAAAGGGCGCUCGUUAUGCACCAGCUGCUUUCUUGACAGGUCUACUCGACCCAGUUUUAUCCCGAGAAGAGUUAUUUGAUCUGUUUGCAAGUUUGGAUGGGAAGCUACUGGUGCUUGUAAUGUCAGCUAAAGGAUCUCCAAAGAGGUCAAAAGCGGAGAUGGUAGCACUCAAAGGAGCCAAAGGAGUGAGUAAAUUUGUUGAGGUUUCAGGUGCUCUUCUGCCACAAGAAGAGUAUCCAGCUAUGGUUGCUGAAGAGCUUUACCAGUUCUUACAAGAAAAUUUUGAUUCCGGUAACUGAUUUAACCGCGGUCUUAUUUCAUAACUAGGCUUAAUAUUCUUUUUGAUAAGAUUGCAACUGUUUCUUUGGUACAAGAAGGAACUAUACUUUGUAGAGAUCAUAUGAUAUUUACAUAUAUAAAUUAAAAGGAACUAUACAAAUUUACAUGUACAAAGGAACUAUGUUUUGUACAUUAUAUGAUUAUAUACACUGUUUAAAUA